AUGCCCAAAAAGCACCAGCGGUUUCACGCAAAGCCAGCCAACUUAGCACAUCACAGCCUUGCACCAUCUAGGUCUCGUCAUGAUGGCGGGUCUGGGGUCCAGGGCUCCGCGUCAGCGACGUCAGUCAACGACUUAAUCAGUCACCUCCGCCGUACACAAACCCUUAGUGCUUCCCACGAUGAUUCUCCAAGCUCGCAGCGUGCCCAACGCUCGUUUGUGGCUCCCCGAUCGGUUCAUCCGUCCCUUCGAGAUGUACUCGAGCUCCCUGCAACUGCGCCGCCGCGACCUCGCCCCGGUCCUCGUCGUACGGUAUUCGGGGUUCGUCCACCUCGACCAACUGUCGGGCCUCCGCCACCUGCAAGUUGGCUCUCUGGAAAUACGGACUCGGCGAGAGACCAGGGAUUAAAUCACUGCCUGCCGGGAGCCUUUGAAGAAAUCCACCGGCUGGCCCGCCUCCCAGGGCCGCCGUUUCCGGACCAGAGGAGCCUGGUACAUCUGAUGCUGAAAUCUAUGGCUUUGAACUGGUGUUGGCAUGUUGAAUAUGAUGGCCCUUUUCUGUCCCAGCUUCCAAAUCAUAUCAAGGAACUGUUGCUGAGUUAUGUUGCUGUCUACGCAAGAGGCUCGUCUCUGAGAGGGUACAUGAAGGGGCUCAAGCCGCUCUUUUUGACCCGGCAAGAUCAGGAUCAAAUUAGCGAGGAGAACCCAGAUUUCAAAGAGUCGGGAGUUAUUGAUGCGGAUUUCAAAAUCGUCCGAUUGGACCUGGGAAAUGCUCUAGGAAACUGGAUAACUUUGAAGCAGCUCACAAACGAGAUGAUCCUCUCGCCAGCUCCAGCCGUGGGUGUCCCAAGCGACGAAAUAGGGGAGGUUGUACCAGUUUCAUGGGAUGAAGCUGUUCACAACGGCAGAGGGGAAUCUAUGCUUGAUGAUCUUCUAGCUCCGCCCAUACCAAAAGCCAUUACCCAGACCCUACGCUUCCCGGAACUCCGCGCCUUAUCCCUAGCACAUCCGACACCUAAUGCUGCAAGCUGGAACAGUCUUCUCAACCUAGUAGCACAUUUGCCCACUCUCACUCAUCUCUCGCUUGCCCAUUGGCCCAUGCCGUGCCGUAAUCCACGCUCUGCCACUACUCGAAUUCGCGGCCCAGUGGCCCGCUUCUUGACACCAGACGUCCUUGAUAACAACUGGGCUGAAGCUGCGAGUAUACUUCGCCAGCUCUCUCGUUCGACCUACUGCCUGAAAUGGCUGGACCUCGAAGGCUGCGGCGAGUGGCUACCAGCCUUGAAAUGGGUUGGGAAAGACCCAGAUGGGUUUCCACAGAACCCUGAUACUGUUGGCCCAGAGUGGAACGGAUCUUGGAGAGAUAUCGAAUGGCUUGGGAUCAGCCCUGGUUUUCUGGAUUUGCCGAAGUCUCACGACUCGUCUCAUGUACCGUCCCAUGAAGUACCCGUCCCGCAAACAAGUUCGUCAGAUUCGUCUAUCCAUGCAUCCCACCUUCAAAUUGCGCGUGAUGUGAUGCGGCACAUUCGGCAGAUAAGGAAGGGGAGGAAGUGGCUCGAAAUCGAGCUCGGGUUAGGGCUGGAUGACGUCGAACCUGAGAUAAUCAAAUCGUUGGAUGGGCAGGAAUUGUCAGUUUAUUUAUGA